AUGGUCGGUUUAACUUCUUCAAGUGGGAUAAUUGCCUUACUCGACGAACCGGAGGAAGAACUUAAAAUAUAUGCAUUGGAAAAAUUAAACACUCUUGUUGAUCAAUUUUGGGCAGAGAUCUCGGAUGCAAUCGCUAAAAUUGAAGUUCUUUAUGAAAACGAAUAUUUCUCUCAUAGACAAUUAUCUGCUUUGGUUGCUUCGAAGGUUUAUUAUCAUCUCGGAGAAUUUGAUGAUUCUCUGAUUUUUGCUUUGGGAGCUGGUGAUUUAUUCGAUUCAUCAUCCAAGUCAGAAUAUGUCGAGACUAUAAUAUCCAAAUGUAUCGACAAAUAUAUCACCUUACGCGUUAAACAAUCUGAAGAUCCCGCGGGCGGUCACGAAAUAGAUCCUCGCUUGCAAGAUGUUGUUGAACGAAUGUUUAAACGAUGUUACGAUGACGGAGAGUUCAAACAAGCUAUUGGAAUCGCCUUGGAAUCUCGUCGUUUGGACAUAAUUAAAGAAAUAAUAUCUAAAGGUCAAACCUCAGAACCUCUUGCUUAUGUUUUGGAAGUUAGCAUGACUUUAGUACAAAAUUUAGAUUUCAGAAAUAAGGUUUUACGAUUGUUAGUUGAAUUAUAUCAGAAUCUGGAUGAACCAGAUUAUGUUUCAAUUAGUCAAUGCUUCGUGCAUCUUAAUGAUCCUGUUUUGGCAGCCGAAAUGUUACAAGAUUUAGUUAAUAAAGAUAAUGAGUAUUAUCUGUUAAUGGCUUAUCAAAUCGCGUUCGAUCUUGAGGAAAGUGCUACUCAAGAAUUUCUCCAUAAGGUUGUUAGCGGAUUGCCAGUUGUAACGUUUCAUCACGAAAGACAAGAUUCUGAAGCAAUGGAAACGGAUGAAAGUGAAAUACAACCUGUAAAUCCGUCAGAUGAAAAAUAUGCACGGAUUCGCGGUAUAUUAUCAGGAGAAGAAUCGAUUAGGUUACAUUUGGAAUUUCUAUAUCGUAAUAAUCAUACAGAUUUACUUAUAUUAAAAAAUACUAAGAAUGCGUUAGAGUCGCGAAAUUCGGUUUAUCAUUCAGCAGUCACAUUUGCCAACGCAUUUAUGAAUGCUGGUACGACAAGCGAUGAAUUUCUUCGCCAAAAUCUUGAGUGGCUUUCACGUGCCACUAACUGGUCAAAAUUCAGUGCAACAGCAGCUCUUGGUGUUAUACACAAGGGUCAUUUAUCUCAAGGUCUUACUUUGUUACAACCAUAUUUACCACAAGAAGGCGCGAGUGGAAGUUCAUAUUCAGAAGGAGGAUCUCUAUUUGCUUUGGGAUUGAUUCAUGCAAAUCACGGUGCAGGAGUUUUGGAUUAUUUGAGAAAUGCUUUGAAAAAUACUCAAACCGAAGUUUUACAACAUGGGGCAUGCCUUGGUCUUGCAGCUGCAGGAAUGGCUACAGGAAAUGAUGAAAUAUAUGAGGAACUUAAGAAUGUACUUUUUACCGAUAGCGCUGUAGCGGGUGAGGCUGCUGGCUUAGCUAUGGGACUUGUUAUGCUUGGAACCGCUUCCAACAAAGCAAUAGAUGAAAUGCUUCAAUAUGCGCAUGAAACUCAACACGAAAAAAUUAUCAGAGGCUUAGCAAUUGGUAUAUCAUUAAUUAUGUAUGGUAAAGAAGAAGCCGCUGAUGUUUUAGUUGACCAGCUUGCUAGUGAUAAGGAUCCCAUUUUACGUUACGGUGGUAUUUAUACUGUUGCAAUGGCUUAUUGUGGUACCGGAAAUAAUAAAGCUAUACGUCGCUUAUUACAUGUGGCCGUUAGUGAUGUCAAUGACGACGUACGUCGUGCUGCUGUUACAGCACUUGGGUUUAUUCUUUUUAGAACACCUAAGCAAGUACCUCGAAUUGUUCAAUUAUUAUCAGAGAGUUAUAAUCCUAAUGUGCGAUAUGGUGCCACUUUAGCAUUAGGUAUUUCAUGCGCAGGAACUGGAUUGAUGGAAGCUAUCGAACUUUUAGAGCCUAUGACUAAAGAUCCUGUUGAUUAUGUACGACAAGGGGCAUUUAUCUCUCUUGCAAUGAUAUUGAUGCAACAAAAUGACACUACCAAUACGAAGGUAUCGUCAACGCGUAAAUUAUAUGAAAAAAUCAUAAAUGAUAAACAUGAAGAUGCGAUGGCUAAGUUUGGAGCUGUUCUUGGUCAAGGAAUAAUCGAUGCAGGAGGAAGAAAUGUCACCAUAUCUUUACAAUCACGAACUGGUCAUUCCAAUAUGCCCGCUAUCGUUGGAAUGGCUGUAUUCACACAAUUCUGGUAUUGGUUUCCAUUGACACAUUUUCUCAGUUUAUCAUUAACCCCUACAGCAAUUAUUGGGUUAAAUAAGGAGUUAAAGAUUCCAAAAUUCGAAUUCAUAUCCAACGCAAAACCUUCACUAUUUGCUUACCCCGCCACCACUAAGCCUCCCACUACGAAUGUUGUUGAGAAGGUGGCGACUGCAGUUCUCUCCACGACAGCGAAAGCAAAAGCAAGAGCAAAGAAAUCCGAAAAAGAGAAAGGAACGGCGGACAUGGAUGUUAUGGAUACAACGGACGACAAAAAAGAUACUUCGGAUCAAGCUAAAAAGGAAGAGGAUAAGGAUGAAACUAAAGAUGACAAAAAAGGAAAAAAGAAAAAGGAGGAUUCAUACGAAAUCCUCGAGAAUAUGGCACGUGUAUUACCGGCACAGUUGCAAUAUAUUUCGUUCCCAGAAAAUUCUCGUUACGUCCCUAUAAAAAAGGGAAUUGUUGGUGGAAUAUUAAUGAUGAUUGAUAAAUCACCAGGAGAACCUGAAGAGCUCAUUUUGCCGAGUACGCCAGUUGCCACAGAAGUGAAUGAAGAAGAGGAAGCACCACCGCCAGAACCUUUUGAAUACCCGUUUGAUGACGUUAAAAAAUCAUAA